UUCCCAGUCCGCUCAGUCAUGGCUGCUUUGCGGGUGGUUCCUGCCUUCCUUCUUUCGAGAGUUCUGCGGAGAGGUUGCCGCUCGUUUAGCUGCAGCGACCCCCGGACCCGGGCCGUCACCGUGCCCGAGCGAAUCGAAGAGAAGCGUCGCGCUGCGUUGCUCGGAGGCGGCCAAGCUCGCAUAGACGCGCAGCACAAGCGGGGAAAGUUGACAGCCAGAGAACGUGUGUUAUUGUUAUUGGACCCUGACAGUUUUGUAGAAUAUGACAUGUUUGUGGAACACAGAUGUGCAGAUUUUGGGAUGGAGUCUGAGAAAAACAAGUAUCCUGGGGACAGUGUGGUUACUGGCCAGGGUAGAAUAAAUGGCAGACUGACUUACGUCUUCAGUCAGGACUUUACUGUGUUUGGGGGAAGUUUAUCUGGAGCACAUGCUCAAAAGAUCUGCAAGAUUAUGGAUCAGGCUGUUAUGGUUGGUGCUCCUGUAAUUGGGCUGAAUGAUUCAGGAGGGGCCCGUAUUCAAGAAGGAGUGGAAUCCUUGGCUGGUUAUGCUGACAUUUUUCUAAGAAAUGUUUUAUGUUCUGGAGUAGUGCCACAGAUUUCUCUUAUUAUGGGUCCUUGUGCAGGAGGCGCUGUAUACUCUCCUGCUUUAACAGAUUUCACAUUUAUGGUAAAGGAUACAUCCUAUCUAUUUAUAACUGGUCCUGAUGUAGUUAAAUCAGUUACCAAUGAAGAUGUAACUCAGGAACAACUUGGGGGUGCAAAGACACAUACUGCAGUAUCAGGGGUUGCACAUUGUGCUUUUGAAAAUGAUAUAGACGCUUUGCUCAACCUUAGGGAAUUUUUUAAUUUCCUACCACUUAGUAACAAGGAGCCAGCUCCUGUCAGAGAAUGCCAUGACCCUAGUAACCGCUUGGUACAUGAGUUGGAUACAAUUGUCCCAAUGGAAUCGACCAAAGCUUAUGACAUGUUGGAUAUUGUACAUGCGGUUGUUGAUGAGAGAGAAUUCUUUGAAAUCAUGCCUUCCUAUGCCAGAAACCUGAUUGUUGGAUUUGCCAGAAUGAAUGGAAGAACUGUUGGAAUAGUUGGUAACCAGCCUAAAAUAGCUUCAGGCUGCUUGGACAUAAAUUCUUCUGUGAAAGGAGCCCGUUUUGUUCGCUUCUGUGAUGCUUUCAACAUUCCUAUAAUCACAUUUGUAGAUGUGCCUGGAUUUUUACCAGGGACUGCUCAGGAAUAUGGGGGAAUUAUACGUCAUGGUGCAAAGUUGCUUUUUGCUUUUGCAGAAGCAACUGUGCCAAAAAUCACUGUUAUCACAAGGAAGGCUUAUGGUGGGGCCUACGAUGUCAUGAGUUCAAAGCAUCUACGAGGAGAUGCAAAUUAUGCUUGGCCAACGGCAGAGGUAGCAGUAAUGGGCGCUAAGGGAGCUGUCCAGAUCAUUUUUAGAGGAAAAGGGGCACAUGCAGAAGCAGAAUAUGUAGAAAAGUUUGCAAAUCCAUUUCCCGCUGCAAUCAGAG